AUGGGUAUAUUAAAAGUGUCUUUUGCCCUUCUUGAAAGAAUCAACAGUGGCAGAAAGUGGCAGUACAUGUCAAAGAACUUCUGGAAAAGUUUGUGCAGUCGAUGCAUCCUGCUGGCUGCACAAAGCGUUGGCUGUGAGUUUCAAAGAUUUGGCGAUGAUCGCAAGUAUGUUUUUAUUUAUAUGUUUACUUAUCAAUUUGUGCAGUGUUUCAAUCGCUAAACUUAUGUAUAUUCUAUUUACUUUAUUGUUCUUAUGACUGUAUUGUUAUUAUAAUUAUUAUGCAAACUUUUCAGGGUUGUGGACAUACGGUAAAAGUAUGCAUAGACACGGAAAUUUUUCUGCAACAUUAUAUUUUGUUUAAUUUAAUGCAAUAUACAAGCCAGUUAUAUGCUCAGUACAGUAUCUGUAAAAUUCCAUGUAAUUUUAGUUAUGCUUAGAAUUUGCCCAUCAUUUUAGCACUUCUAAUGCCAUCAUAGGUCACAAUUUCUAUAGUUUGACUACACAAUCUUACCUAAAAACUAUGGGAUGAAAAUCAUAUAUGCCAUGCCAAUUCAAUUUUUGGUAACAUUGAAAAGAGAUGAGGUGCUGUUUAUAUGAUCUCGGGUUGGGAGAGGCAAAAUUAUAUUCAUUAUAUAACAUUUAAACGCAAGUGUUUAUAUGGAAAGUUUUCGUCUCGGCUGGUAGGGUCACCCUGGCAGUAGGGACACCCUGUUUACAAAACAGGGUUACCCUUGUAGGAGGGACAACUUUUGUCCAUGUAAAUAGUUUGUCUCGGCCUCCAGGGAUAACUUUUCAUUCCCAGGCCUUCAAACAAAUAACUGCAUGUUUCAGGAGUCACAAUCUCAUACUUAGAGCCAUUCUCGUAGGAAGAGAUACAGUGCCAGGGCUAUAAAUUUUUUUCAUAUAAACAUGCAGUGAAGUUGUCUCGUGUAGAUUGGGUGUCUCUAGUAUCCAAGGUCAUAUAAAUAGCAUCUAAGUAAUAAAAGGUCAUUGCAAUGGCAAUUUGCAGCUGGCAGGAAAACGCUUUGCAUAACAAUAUAUGGAGAGUAAGAAAAAUGAUGUGGUUUAAAUUGAACCACAUACUAGUUUUCACAUCUAGUUUUCAAGAACUUUGUAUGCCUUCCACUCACUAGAAUUUACCCAAAAUUAAAAAAAAAUCCAAAUCCUCACACCUUGCCCAUACCCCUCCCCAGAAUUUACAUUUUAUUGGUGCACAGGAAUGUCACAACAAUUUAUAAUCCAUGCCAAUACAUUGCUAAUCAGACAUUUGAUCAAUUUAUUUUGCAAAAUUCAAAUUCCCAUUUUUCAACGACACCCUUUUUAUGUACAAAUGCAUAAAAAAUUAUAGAGUAAAUUGGAAAGUAGUUGUGUGCAGUAAAUAACAAUUUGUUAUUAUCCACCUUUCAGCUUUGCUGUGAAAAAGAUAUUCAGUACAUAA